AUGGCCACUACCGAGGAAGCGCAGGUCGACUAUUCGCUCAACAACCCCGAUACUCUGACCAAGUACAAGGAGGCGGCCAAAAUUUCCCAGAAAGUCCUGGAGGCGGUGUCAGGAUGGUGCACAGAAGGUGCUAAGAUUGUUGAAAUCUGCGAGAAGGGCGAUGCGCUUAUGGAAGAGGAGAUUGCAAAGGUGUACAAGGGCAAGAAGAUUUCCAAAGGCUUCGCGCACCCCACCACAGUGUCGCCGAGCUCGUACAUCACGCCAUAUACGCCGCUCAAGUCAGACACAGAAGAGGCAAACCGAACGCUCAAGGCCGGCGAGAUUGUCAAGGUCCAGCUCGGCGCGCAGAUCGAUGGCUUUGGUACUAUUGUGUGCGACAAUUUCCCCGUUGGCGGAAAGGUUACUGGGCGCGAGGCGGACCUGCUCUUGGCCACGCAUUAUGCAAACGAGCUUCUAUUGCGGCUAAUGAUCCCGCCAGGACUGACAGCGGCGACAGAGGAAGAGAAGAAGGAGCAAGAAAAGGAGAAGCAGGCAUCGCAAGCAAAAAUGAAUCUCCUUGUCGAGAAAGUGGCGAAGGCAUACGGCUGCAGCGUCGUUGAGAGCACAACUACAUGGCUAUUCGGCCGCAACGAGAUCGAAGAUAAGAAGAAGAUCAUCCUUAAUGCCGCAGAAGGCGUCAAGGGUGAAGGCCUACCCGAAGUGGGCGAGGUCUGGGGCGUCGAAAUGGGUCUUAGCCUGGGCAGCGGCAAGGUGAAGACGCUGACGGACCGUGCAACACUGCACCGACGAACGACCACGACAUAUGGCCUGAAGCGUGACUCUUCAAAGAAAACACUCACUGAGGUUGUCAAGAAGUUUGGCACCUUCCCGUUCAGUUUGAGGCAACUUGAGGAUGAGCGUAAUGGAAAGGUCGGUAUUGUUGAGUGUGUGCGUGGUGGUGUUGUCAAGCAAUAUGAGGUGGUUGCGGACAAGGACAAUGAGCCUGUAUCUCGUUUGUUCACCACGGUUGCCAUCACCAAGAAGGGCUUGACAAAACUCGCUGAACCUCCAGCAUUUGACGUGUCGAAGUACCAGUCAGAUAAGAAGAUCACUGACGAAGAGAUUCUGAAGAUACUGGAACGGCCACUUUCGAAGGAGAACAAGAAGAAGAAGAAAUAA